AGAAGGUUACUAUCACUCCUGUCAUUUCCAAACAAGCGCAUCCCGAUCUAGCACAAGAUUCACUAUGGUCUUCAGCGGCACCUGGAAAGUCUAUUCUCAGGAGAACUAUGAAAAUUUCUUAAAAGUCGUGGGUUUGCCCGACGACAUCAUCAAAGUGGCAAAAGAUAUUAACCCAGUGAUUGAAAUCCAGCAAAAUGGAAAUGACUUUGUUGUUACAUUAAAGACCCCAAAGAAUUCUCAGAGUAAUUCCUUUACUGUUGGGCAGGAAGCAGAAAUCACAAGUGCUGGAGGGAAAAAGUUUAAGGUCACUGUGAACCUAGAAGGAGGAAAACUUAUCUGCAAGAGUGACACAUUUUCUCACAUCCAAGAAGUUAAUGGAGAUGAAAUGGUGGAAAAAAUCACCAUCGGCUCAACAACACUGAUCAGGAAAAGCAAGAGAUCCUAACUUAAAGAUAGUAUUUUUUUACCACUAAACUGAAGAAGUCUGUUGCCUAAUAAAAUAAAAUGUAUUCAAGUAUU